GACACGGGCCCAGCGCUCCGGACAGCCGCCUUCGCCCCGCGCUCACUUGGCCUCCGCUCUCCAGGGCACGGAGUACCACGCUGUUGUCCUCUCCCUGUGAGUGGGACUGGCAUCCCUGCUACAGCUUCACGCAGAAGUUCUCUGGGGACCCGAGACCUGCGUCCACUUACAGCCUGCUUUCCCAGGCCCCAGGUAUGGAGGAGCUGGUAUGGGAACAAUACACUGUGACUCUACAGAAGGAUUCCAAAAGAGGAUUUGGAAUUGCAGUGUCUGGAGGUAGAGACAACCCUCACUUUGAAAAUGGAGAAACGUCCAUCGUCAUUUCUGAUGUGCUUCCAGGAGGACCCGCAGAUGGCCUGCUUCAAGAGAAUGACAGAGUGGUCAUGGUUAACGGCACCCCCAUGGAGGAUGUGCUCCAUUCGUUUGCAGUUCAGCAGCUUAGGAAAAGCGGGAAGAUCGCUGCCAUUGUGGUCAAGAGGCCCCGGAAGGUCCAGGUAGCCCCACUGCAAGGUAGUCCUCCUCUCAGUCACGAUGGCGGGCCUUUUGAGGCAGUGGAUGAGUUUGAUGGCAGAAGUUUCCGCAGUGGGUACAGCGAGAGGAGCCGGCACAGCAGCCACGACGCGCUCAGCCGCAGCUGGGAGGACAGUCCGGAGAGGGGCCGUCGUGCGCGUAGCCGUGAGCAGGGCCGGGAGCGCAGCCGGGGCCGCAGCCUGGAGCGGGACCUGGACCACGAUGACUACGGGCAUCCCCGAGCGCGAGAACGUAGCCGGGGCCGCAGCCUGGAGCGGGACCUGGACCGCGAUGACUACGGGCAUCCCCGAGCGCGAGAACGUAGCCGGGGCCGCAGCCUGGAGCGGGGCCUGGACCAUGAUGACUACGGGCAUUCCCGAGCGCGAGAACGCAGCCGGGGCCGCAGCCUGGAGCGCGGCCUGGACCACGACUUCACAGUGCCCCGGGACCACAGCCGGGGCCGCAGCACUGACCGGGACUACAGAGGUUCCCAUCACCAGGUCUACGAGCAUGACUACGAGCGAUCCUACCGAACUCAGCCUGACCUGGAAAGACCCAUCGGGGUCCUUCUGACCAAAAGCAAAGCAAAUGAAGAGUAUGGUCUCCGGCUGGGAAGUCAGAUCUUCAUCAAGGAAAUGACCAGAACGGGUCUGGCAACCAAGGAUGGCAACCUUCAUGAGGGGGACAUAAUUCUCAAGAUCAAUGGAACUGUUACUGAGAACAUGUCUUUAACGGAUGCUCGGAAGUUGAUAGAAAAGUCCAGAGGAAAACUGCAGCUCGUGGUGCUGAGAGACAGCAAGCAGACCCUGAUCAACAUCCCAUCUCUAAAUGACAGUGACUCUGAAGUGGACGAUAUCUCAGAAAUCGAGUCAAACCGGUCCUUUUCCCCAGAGGAGCGGCGCCAGCACUGCUCUGAUAACGACUAUCACUCCUCCAGCGAGAAGUUGAAGGACAGGCCGAGUUCAAGGGAGGAAACGUCAGGCAGACUGUCCAGGAUGGGAGCCACACCCACUCCAUUCAAGUCCACAGGGGAUAUCACAGCUGCAGUUGUCACAGAGACGAGCAAGGAGCCCAGAUACCAAGAGGAACACCCAGUUCCUCAACCCAGAGCAGCCCCUAGAACUUUCCUUCGUCCCAGUCCUGAAGAUGAAGCAAUCUACGGUCCUAACACCAAAAUGGUGAGGUUCAAGAAAGGAGAUAGUGUGGGCCUCCGUCUGGCUGGCGGCAAUGAUGUUGGCAUAUUUGUUGCUGGCAUUCAGGAGGGCACCUCGGCAGAGCAGGAGGGGCUACUGGAAGGAGACCAGAUUCUGAAGGUAAACACACAGGACUUCAGGGGUCUGGUUCGGGAAGACGCUGUUCUCUACCUGUUAGAAAUCCCCAAAGGUGAAACUGUGACCAUUCUGGCCCAGAGCCGAGCUGAUGUGUACAGAGACAUCCUGGCUUGUGGCAGGGGAGAUUCGUUUUUCAUCAGAAGCCACUUUGAAUGUGAGAAGGAGACUCCACAGAGCCUGGCCUUCACCAGGGGCGAAGUCUUCCGAGUGGUAGACACGCUGUAUGAUGGCAAGCUGGGCCACUGGCUGGCUGUGAGAAUUGGAAACGAAUUGGAGAAAGGCUUAAUCCCCAAUAAAAGCAGAGCUGAGCAAAUGGCCAGCGUCCAGAAUGCCCAGAGAGACAAUGCUGGCGACAGGGCAGACUUCUGGAGAAUGCGGGGCCAGAGAUCUGGGGUGAAGAAGAACCUUCGGAAGAGUCGGGAAGACCUAACGGCUGCUGUAUCCGUCAGCACCAAGUUCCCUGCCUAUGAGAGGGUUUUGCUACGAGAAGCUGGUUUCAAAAGACCUGUGGUUUUGUUUGGACCCAUAGCAGAUAUAGCAAUGGAAAAGUUGGCAAAUGAGUUACCUGACUUGUUUCAAACUGCUAAAACAGAACCGAAAGAUGCAGGAUCCGAGAGAUCUAGCGGAGUAGUUCGUUUAAAUACCGUGAGGCAAAUUAUUGAGCAGGACAAGCAUGCCCUGCUGGAUGUGACUCCCAAAGCUGUGGACCUGCUCAAUUACACCCAGUGGUUCCCCAUCGUGAUCUUUUUCAACCCAGACUCUAGACAGGGUGUCAAAACCAUGAGACAGAGAUUGAAUCCAACAUCUAAUAAAAGUUCUCGCAAGUUAUUUGAUCAAGCCAACAAGCUCAAGAAAACAUGUUCACAUCUUUUUACAGCUGUAAUCAAUGUAAAUUCAGCCAACGACAGCUGGUUUGGCAGCUUGAAGGACAGCAUUCAGCACCAGCAAGGAGAAGCAGUUUGGGUCUCUGAAGGAAAGAUGGAAGGGAUGGAUGAUGACCACGAAGACUGCAUGUCCUACUUAACCGCCAUGGGUGCGGACUAUCUGAGUUGUGACAGCCGCCUCAUCAGUGACUUUGAAGACACCGACGGCGAGGGAGGCGCUUACACUGACAAUGAGCUGGAUGAGCCAGCCGAGGAGCCGCUGGUGUCGUCCAUCACCCGCUCCUCGGAGCCGGUGCAGCACGAGGAGAGCAUAAGGAAAUCCAGCCCAGAGCCACGAGCUCAGAUGAGGAGGGCUGCUAGCAGAGAUCAACUUAGGGACAAUAGCCCACCCCCAGCAUUCAAGCCUGAGCCGCCCAAGGCCAAAAACCAUAACCGAGAAGAUUCCUAUGACUUGUCCAAAUCCCAGGAAUACAAGUCAAACCCCUCGGCUGGCACUGAAAUCCUGGGAGGGUCAGCCAGAGGGUGUCCUCCCCCCGUGGCUGCAAAACCUGCCUUUGGACGAUCCAUCCUGAAGCCCUCCACUCCCAGCGCUGCCCCGGAGAGUGAGGAGGUCGGGGAGAGCAACGAGGAGCAGGAAGACACUCCCAAGUCAGUCCUGGGCAAAGUGAAAAUAUUUGAGAAGAUGGACCACAAGGCAAAGUUACAGAGGAUGCAGGAGCUCCAGGAAGCCCAGAACGCAAGGAUCGAAAUUGCUCAGAAGCACCCUGACAUCUAUGCAGUUCCUAUCAAAGCCCCCAAGCCAGAUGCCGGCCUGCCUCCACACGUGAGUUCUAGACACCCCGAGCCGCAGAAAGCUCCCUCCAGACCUUACCAAGACGCCAGAGGCGGUUACAGCAGUGAUGCCGAGGAGCAAGAAUACCGCCAGCAGCUAGCGGCCCACUCAAAGCGGGGCUACUACGGCCAGCCCGCCCUGUACCGGGACACGGAGCUCUAGGCGCCUGAGCGCGGACUCUUGCGGGGUGGUGGGCCCCCACAUCGGCCGGACACUGCUGCGGGGCGGCCAGGAGGAAGCUUCUCCGCCUACAGUGCCCUGUGGAGAUGUGGUGGGGACCCGGGCGGCAGCCAGCACAGCUUACCGACAGAGAGCUCUGUUUGUGGGACUGGGGUAGAGUUUAUUAAGGCUUUUUGCUCAGAAUAAGAGGAACACUGCAGUCUGAUACUGUUACGUGCUUCAGUGGACCAAAAUCUGUAUUAAUCGUAUUUGUGUAUUUUAAUAUGUAUAUUACGGAGCAAUAACUCUUUUUCCUCGUUCAUAGCUGCCUUCAAAUACUGCUUCAAGGUGAAGCAGAAUGUGAAAAAGGAACAAAAAUACUCUUAGACUCAAACGUAAUUCAAGGAAGUAUUUUAUUAUAACUCAAAGUGCCUUUGAUGAGACAUGUCUUAAGUUUUUUUUCUUCCUUUGAAGCUUUUAUGCCAUAAUGGACUAAAACUUUUAUUUUGGCUAAAUUUUUAUACCAGUUUAAUAGCUGUGGUUUUCUCUGCACUGUGUCUUCUUGUCAAGGCAUUGUUUUUGUAUAUUUUCCGUAAACUGGCUGUAUAUAGAAUAGCUACACUUGGUAGUAAGUGCUAAAGAGCUGGGAGGCCAAGAAGUGGGUGUGGAAUUUUUUGUUUGUUUGUUUGUGUAAAACCAUGUGCUCCACAAAAGCAGAUACUUGAGAAAAACAUAUUCUGUCUCCACAAGUGUAUGUAUUGACAGCAGGCAAGUUGAUAAUUUAAUAAAAAGGAAUAUAUCACAACCAA